UGGAUGACCCUUCAAAAUAUUUGUCCAAAUCGAAGCUCGUUUUUCCCGAGUCCCAGUUGUCUUGAACGCACUGAAGUAAGGACAUUUCCGAGUUCCGAGUUUACAGUUGUUUUGAACGCGGCAUAUGGAUCGGGCACUCCUUUUUCCCCUGAGACACUCGGGUUUCGACAAAUGGGCGGAAGCAAAUUGGAAGUUUGCUUGAGAUUUCGGGAUGUGAAAAUCAGUCUCGUUUCAUGCUGGCCAUCUACUUGGAUUAUCCACGGUUGUCAGAGCUGUGUUUCCUCCUCCGAGGGAACCUUUCCGAAAAGCAGACUUACUUUUAGCGACCAAUCGCAAUGAUGGACCCUCGGGUGUGCCCACCCUCACUCAACAGCAGCCAAUCAGUGAUGAGCAGUUUGGACAAGUCUCCCGCUGUAUCCAAGGUCGGCCACUCGCGGAAUGGCAGCGCUGGGUCAUCGCGCAACACCCGCCAGUACUCCAGCCACUGGGAGGUGUUGGAAGACCAUAUGGACAUGAGUUCGGGGAUGGGGUCAGGGCUGGACAUGAGCGUCCCUGGUAUCUGUGAGGGCUUUUUGAUGAAGAGGAGGAAGUACCCUAUGAAGGGCUGGCACAAGAGGUACUUCCUGUUGGAAAAAGGAAUCCUCAAGUACUCAAAGACACAGCAGGAUAUCCAGAGAGGAAAGCUCCAUGGCUCCCUGGAUGUUAGCCUCGCUGUCAUGUCCAUCAACAAGAAGUCCAAGCGCAUCGAUCUGGACAAUGGAGACUAUUUAUACCACCUCAAGACCAAGAGCAAUGACUUGUUCUACAUAUGGCUGACCAAGCUGUGUGCCCAUCGUGUCUUCAAGAAGAACGAGGCCCUGGGUGUCCACCAGGGAGUCCUCCAUGCCCUCACUAUGGGCAACAGCACAUUGUUGCCAGCCAUGGCCAGUCUAGCCCAGAGAAACCAAACUGCAAUGCCAGGCAUGGUGAGUGAACAGAGAAACGGGCAUGACGCAGUGCGGUCUACUUCUCGCAGUGCGUACCCUCACUAUGCCAGCUCUGCCUCUGUCUACCAGGCGGAGAUGGAGGUUUCGCCCACAGCACCCCCAGGGGUCAACGGCAAGGUGGCAGCAUGGCUCCAGCAGACCCACCAGUCCGAUACCUGCUCCCAAGAGCUAGCUCGUUCUCAGGCCGACUUGACUGAGUUGGCCCAGCUCAUUCAGAGGCUCAAUUGGCUGGAGAGUGGCCAGAAACCCAUCUCCAACAGUGACCUAGAGCGACGAAUCAAUUUGCAGAAUCUGACACUUAAUAUCCCCAAGGCCAAGAAGGAGAGGAAGACUACGAACAAGAUAUUUGGUCAUUCUCGCACCCAUUCCGGAGUCGAAACCUGCGGCAUGUUUACCUCCAGCCACCUGAGCACAUCGUCCAACCACCUGAGUGUGGAAGCCUCCUCGGUGCCGUCCAUCCCAGACUAUGUGUACUCGCAGCUCUCCAAUCCUCUCAUAACCUCCCCUGAAGCCAAGAAGAUCCAGCAGGACAUUUGUGCUGUGUCCCAAAAGGUUCAUGCGUCUCUCAAAUCCAUCCACGAGGUGCUCGCGCUGGAGCGUGAGCGGGUCCGGCUGGCUUGGACCGGUCCCGACCUACGCUCAUCCACCUCCAAUCAACUGGCCACCCUGUGUAGCACACUGUCUGAGCUGGAGGUGCAGUCUUGCCAAACCAAAGUUCAUUCCCUGUCCCUUUCCUCUGGAUCCACGGAGGGCUCCAAGGAGUCCUACAGCACUGUGCGUCAGGACCAGACGCCCUCUAAGGGUUGCUCUGUGCAGCGCACCCCCUCGCUGGCCGACUCCAUGGCCGAGUACUAUGACGCCAGAGAUGUCAUCGUCUGUGAGAACUCCGAAAACGGCGAUGAGGAGUCUGAUGAAUCCGGGCUAAGUGACGUCACCACCACCAGUAACUCUGAGCCAGACGAGGUCCAUGAGGGAGUAUCACCGGACCAACUGCAAACAAAAGCCUCUGCCACCCUGAACUACCGCACCAGCGUGUCCAGAGCCCCGGACAUGGUCAGCACCGUGCCCACCAACACAGGCCGCCGCACCGUCCUGCCCGCCAAAUGUGUCGACAACAGCCACAUUGGCAUCAUGACCAUCCUGUACAACAACAUUGGCAAGGACCUGUCACGUGUGUCCAUGCCCUGUGGCCUCAACGAACCUCUAAACCUGCUGCAGAGAGUGAGCGAAGAGCUGGAGUACUCUGAGCUUCUGGACAUCGCCAACCACACAGAGGACCCCUUCGAAAGGAUGCUGUACAUUGGCGUUUUCUCUAUCUCUGGCUACGCCUGGGCUACCUGGCGGAACCGCUAUAAGCCCUUCAACCCCGUCCUGGGAGAGACUUACGAGAGCCACCGCAAGGAGCGCGGCUUCCGCUACGUCGCUGAGCAGGUCAGCCACCACCCGCCGUGCUCCGCCGUGCACGCAGAGUCUGAGAACUUCACCUUCUGGCAAGACCAGCAAUGGAAGAACAAGUUCUGGGGAAAGUCUUUGGAGAUCAUCUCCUCUGGUCCAGUGAAUGUAAAGUUGCCAAAAUAUGGGGAUCACUAUGAGUGGAACAAGGCGGUGACCUGCGUCCACAACGUCCUGAGUCAGCAGAGGUGGCUGGAGCACUACGGAGAGGUGACCAUCAGAAACACAAAGAGUGACAUCUGCACCUGCAAGAUCUCCUUCGUCAAGUCCCGCUACUGGACCUCAGAGACGAGUAAGAAUGAGGUGCAGGGCCAGGUUCUGAACCAAGCGGGAGAGGUGGUCCACCGGUUCGGUGGGCUGUGGCACGAGGGCAUCUUCUGUGACACCCUGCCUAACCCAAAGUGCAUCUGGAAGCCCAACCCUCAGGCUGAUGACCACUUCCAGUACUACGGCUUCAGUCGCUACGCCAGGGAGCUCAAUGAGCUGACCCCUGAGCUGAAGAAGGUCCUGCCUCCCUCAGACACCCGCUAUAGGCCAGACCAGAGGAUCCUGGAGGAGGGAGAUGUAGCCGGGGCUGACAGUAAGAAGGAGGAAGUCGAGCAGAAACAGAGGGAGCGACGAAAAGAGCUGGCCAAGAAGGGAGAGGAGCACGUGCCUCGUUUCUUCAGGAAAGAGCUGGAUGCGGCAGGGAAUGAGAGCUGGCUGAGCAACGGAACCUACUGGAAGAUCCGUGAUCAGCCAGGCUUCGCCAACACCAAGAACUUGGAUCUGUGGUGUUGAGUAGACCUGGCAGAGCCUCGUGUCAUUUUGGCUUCAUCAUAGACUAUUACAGGCCAAUGAGCCUACUGAACGCAGAUACUAAAGUUCCACUAAGGAAGAGGAUAAGGGAGUUUUGGCUGCAUGGAUGAUUCAUUCCAGGGUUACUGUCUACCAUGGAGAGAGGAAAUGUCAAGGUGGAGUAGAUGAGGACUACUUUGGAUCUUUUCCUUCAAGUCUGAUGUUCUCACAUUUGAUGCCGAUCCUCCGCACCCCCAGUAACCGCUCUGGUGUCCGCAAAUGUAAACUGCCUUGAAAAUAACCCGAUUUUGAAAUUGGUUCAUGCAUUUUUAACUGCCAAGUUUGCCGCAUUAGUGGUCGGAGAUCCAACAUAGCAUUUUGAAUAAUGUUACCGUGCAUGUUAUAGAGAUGCAUGAUGCUUUUGUCUAUGUAAGAUGUCUAUAUAUUUAAGCACUUAUCGACGUAUAUAUGCAGAUUUAUUUAAAUCAGUUUGUGAUAUCAAAUGCUCACUCCUAUAAAGGGGAAAUAACCAGGGCAGGGGAUUGUUUUUAAGACUGCUGUGGAUUAAUGGGGUUUUAUGGGUAAGAAGGGCUACCUCUUGCACUCGAUGAUCUUACUGUGUUUUUGUAUAUUUAGGUAAUCAUGUGGAGUUGUACUUUACAUCUUGUUUUAAAUGACACAUUGGUAUGUGUCACUGAAUGCCUUCCAUUCGUCUCUUCCUCGCCUGUUAUAAAGAGAACGGGUCGUUUUCUUUUUUUUAAGUUGUUUUCAUUGAUGCUUUUGAGGGUUAUCUUUUCAACCAUGAUUUCGGUUGAUACUGUGAAGUCCUUUUUAUGGCUGUUUCAACAGUGGGUUUUGCGGAAAAGAGAACCGUUGUUACAUUUCAGUGUAAAAACAAUGGGAGGGCUAUAGCGGGAAUCGUCCAAAAUGAAUUGUUUUCUAAUCUAUUAUCAAAUAAAUA